CGGCGAUGGAUGCUCUAUUCCGUUUGAUAAGGGGGAACUUUGUGGCAGGGCCUGGGGGUACAUCCCACGGAUAAAGGGGGCAAACCCUCCUGGUUGCUGAAACAUGGACAUGAAUUGUCGAACGUUUUGGAGUGCCUGUGUGUACAUUGAGUCCAUGGACCCUAGGAAGUUCGGGGGAGAGCCUGGGAUGGAAGACAUGGGUGCUAUUGGAGAUGUGAAUGGGGCUGGUGUUGGGAUGGUGAUUAUGGGAGCAAGGAUUGAAGUGAUGGGUGAAGAUAAAGAAGUAUUUUCUCCUGAGGGCAGGGCAGCGCCCUCUGCCAAGGCGCUUCCCGACCAGGAGACCGACAUCCGGUUCUUCAAAGGUCUCUACAAGCACGAAGUGUCUCAGGGAAUCAUUGAUGACAUCGGGACCUUCGGGUUUGAAUCCAGGCAGUAUCUGGAACGGCGGGGGCUCUACGAGAUCCUGAGCACGUGGGUCCAAGAUUUUGACCCCAGGGUCUUCUCCCUUCCCGCACUGCACGACGAAGAGCUAGUUCUUCCCUUCGAAGGGAUUUGAACUCUAGAUUUAUUAUUUUUUGUUAAACACUUAUGUAAUGUCUCUUUCUUGGGAAUUUGUAAAAACUUUAUUUAAAUAUUAAUGGAAUCUUCCUUUCCAUACUGUGUGCUGAGUACUUCGUUUAAUAUAUAUUUUUUCAACUUUAUGUAUGCUGCCGAGUAGAUAACUUCGAAACAGCACGACUGUCUCCACUCGGUCUAAUGCAACCAGUCAAUCUUUCCGAAAGAUUGGUCUACCACCCGGAAAAAGAUGGACCCGGCCAAUCUUUUUCCAGGUGGUUUUGACCCAAUCAAGAAUGGUUUGCCAU